GUGACCUUUCGCGGCAGGAAUUUUCACGUUAUACGUAUACCGCGACAAUUAUAAUGAAAGAUAUGGAAAGAAAACAACCGUUAUCUCACAACAUACUUUGGGGCGUGCUAAGAAAAUGUUUCAUAUGUCAUCACAAAAAAUUGUUUACUUGAAGGUUUUUGAACUAGCGACUUCAGGCUGGACGAAGAUUAGAAGAGUCUAGAUCCGAAGCCAUCGAAAAACAACAGGAGUAAUUUUAAUCAAGGCAAGUCUGUCCGCAAGAAGUGAAACUUUAGAAGAAAAGCAAUUAUCAUUUGCUAGCCAGAGGAAAAAAAACAAAACGGUCAAAAAUAGAUUCUCCUGCGUUGCAUCAGAGGGAAAGAAUUCAGUCUACUUGACUGGGGUCUCGUACGCUCUUGAAAAGACGAAAUGUCCUCCUCCAUGUGUAAAACUGUGUUGAAGCUAUCGACUUCGAAAAACAUCUCGCGAAAAAUAAGCGAGGACAGAUCAGCGAAGAGAAGUGAAAAUUCCUUAGCACCGAGCGCGAACGAGAAACUCGCGCAAAGACGAAAAAGAAGUUUAUCACUCGAUCCACAGAUUCUACUUCAGUGGGCUGCAGCCCAUAAUGAUGUGGACACGUUAAAAUCUGUAGUGGAAGGUUCAAAUGUGGAUAUCAACGAACCUAGUUUGGAUGGAUUUUACCCUUUACAUCGCGCUGCGAGUGCGGGUAGCUUUGAAAGCCUUCAGUAUCUUGUAACAAAAGGAGCGCAGCUUGAUGUGAGCGACAGAGAUGGCUCGUCCCCUUUGGACGCUGCGGUUUGUGAGGGAGAAUUCGAUUGCGCGCGCUUUCUGAUUGAGAAGGGCGCCAACAUUACUCACAUUCGAGACGGUUUUACGGACAAGAAUUUGGCGAGGAACCACGGACAACGAAAGCGAUCCCAGACCAUACAGUAGCGACAUGGCUCGACAUAAGUAAAAGUAUCACCACAGCUAUAUUUUGAUUGGUUUUUGGGUUUUCUACAAGAAAAGCGCUUAAAACAUCACAAAUGACCUUAAUACAACAUGUAAACCUUUCAACAAACCUAGAAGCUAAACAGGCUGAACAUUGACUCUGUGCAGCUUCCGUACUGCAGGGAAACUAUGAAGUAGGAAUAUUUGUUCCCCUCCAGACUGUCCUGUUUAGAGAUAGACAUUAACGUUCUAUUGUCUUCGGAGCCCUGAGUAAAUAGUUUUAUCGAUAAGACAAAAAUUAGAUAAAGAUACAAAGUGCUAAUGGACCUUGGAGUUUGAAAAAAUAUUGAUAUUACAUAGCAUUGUAAAUUUCAUUAGGGCUUCGAUUUUAUAGCGUGUUGGCUUAAUACCAAAUAAGAAAAUAGCAUCACGAUUUUUUGAACUCGUGAACGGGCACGUUAGACAUGUUAAAUUCUGCGGUUUUCCGUAUCUACCUGGUAUCUACCAGUAAUUAAGCGAAACUGAGUUGUUGCCCAUGUUUUGCGUGCGUAAGAGCUUUUCUCGUUUUCCCUUUUUAAAAUGUAUUAUUUAAAUAUCACUUUGAUCAUUUCUUAAAGUACGAUUUAAGAAACACAUGCAGUUGUUGUUCAAGAAGACGAAUAGACCAUGGUUUUCUAGUAAGCUUUUGUUUGUUUUUAAAUGUUUUCGGAGUCGCGUGUUUUGCAUUUCGUGACCAUUAGAGUGAAAUUUUGCUGUAACUUAAUAUAUUGAUGUUUCUGCUCUGUUUGGUCUAAUCGCACGCAAAACCUGCUAUCUACAGUUGUCAACAUAUGAGAUCAUGCUGUGUUUGUCCCAAUUGUAGAGUAAACUCUAGGAACUUGUAAAA